AUGCAUUUAAAUGAUAUAAAAUGUAAUUUUAAUAAAAUUGAUUCUAGUGCAAGUCAUGAUUUGGACGACAUUCGAGCUGACUUGACACGAUUCUGGCAGCUGGAAGAGAUAUGCUCCAAAUCAAAUUAUUUUCCGGAAGAAAGAAUGUGUGAGGAACAUUUUGUUGCGAACACAACGCGCCUCGAUGACGGUCGUUUCUGCGUCCGUAUACCGCUUAAACAUGAUUCUUCUGUUUUAGGUAAUUCGUUUCAUCGAGCGGAACACUGUUUAUUUUCUUUAGAGCGUAGGUUGACGAGCAAUCUUGAAUUGAGAGAUAUGUAUAGCAACUUCAUGACAGAGUAUAAAUCGCUUGGCCAUAUGUCAGAAUAUAAACAGCCUGAGGUAGAUGAAAAGGAAUAUUUCAUUCCUCAUCACGGUGUUAUGCGAGAUAGUAGCACGAGCACCAAACUCCGUGUUGUAUUUAAUGCCAGUUCUCCUACGACCUCAGGUGUUUCUUACAAUGACAUCCAAUUGAUUGGUCCCACCGUCCAAGAUGAUUUGAUAUCCAUAUUGCUUCGAUUUAGGCAGCAUAAAUAUGUUUUGUCUGCAGAUGUUGAAAAAAUGUACAGACAAAUAAUUGUCCACCCGUCUGAUAGACAUCUACAGCAAAUACUGUGGCGUAGUAAUGUAGCUGAGCCAAUUACAAAAUUCAUAUUGAACACGGUCACUUAUGGAACAUCCAGUGCUCCAUUUCUGGCUACACGCUGUCUAAAGCAGUUAGGAAUCGACUGCAAGGAUGAUAAAAUUUCCGAGAUCAUUCAACAUGAUUUUUACGUUGAUGAUCUAUUAACGGGCGGUAACGAUUUGGCUGAAGUUCAAGCUAUACGUAAGCAAGUUACUAAUGUACUUGCUUCUGCAUGUAUGCCAUUAAGAAAAUGGAAAUCGAAUAAUCCUCUUUUGAUGAUUGAUCCUCAGGACGUUCAAGCAUCAUCAUUCGAUUUGAAUAUUGGGAGUGAUGAGCCAAAUAAGUUAUUAGGUCUUAGUUGGCACACAGAAUCUGAUGAACUCUGUUUCCCAAUAAGUUCUCUAGUUCCUAAUGCAGCUUUGGAUUAA